AUGGUGGAAGGGUCAAACGAGACAAUUUUGACGUUCCUGGAAUAUUACCAGGAAGAAGAAAUAUUAUGGAACCCCGAAGAUAAAUUCUGUAAGGACAAGAAAAAAAUUCACGAUGCAUGGACGAAAAUUGAUAGAAUACUAAAUGUAUCAAUUAAGGAUUUGAAAACAAAAAAGGAGACCCUAAUGGGAACAUUUAGGCGCCAUCUGAAGAAAAAGCAAGAUUCUAUGCGAUCUGGUGCAGGGAGUGACGAGAUAUAUGAACCCAUUUGGUUUGCAUACCGGAUAAUGGAGUCCUUUCUGCUGCCUGUUUAUACCAGUAGGGCUACACUCAACACAGAAGAGACAACAUCAACGUCAUCAGAAUCGCGUGAUUCACAAAUACCAAAGCAACCUUUUGGAGAUGAAACAAUACCGGAAAUACAUGAAGCUAUCCACAACGAAAGAACUGAUAGCGAAGUGAUGAAAACUUUACAAUCACCAAGGACUCCAACCUCACAGAUGCAGCCUACUCAAGAAAAAAAUAACCAUCGUCGCUCAGUACCUAAUACAGCCGAGCAGCAAAUUGCAACAGCAUUCGGUCAAUUGGCUAAUGUUUUAGGACAACGUCAAUCACAUAGUGCAAUUAAAGAAGAUGAUGACUGCGAUCUCUACGCCAAGCUUUUGGCUAAAAAACUGAGAGAACUGUUCAAACACGAACGAAGUUUAAUAAUGUAUGAAAUAGAUGGCAUAUUUAUUAAUAGAAUUCAGUGCAGGCUACCUAGACGUGAAACACCAUCUCCACUUUAUUCAAACCCAUAUUCUAGACCACCGUCAGUAUCGACUUCAUGCAGAUCACAGCCAGGGUUGAAUAUUCGUAUGCGAAACCGACCUUCAAGUACUUUAAGCUCAUAUUCCGAACCAAUUUCAAACAUUUAUGCAUCAAAUCAACCUGUUGAACCCUCAGAUCAACCCACAUAUAUUCAAUGUGCAAACGACCUCUCAAUACAAACCCCAUCCUUUCAGUCUGCAAACGCACACUUAAUCCAACCUUCAUCCGACAUUUAUUCAGUCCAAUCUCCAUAUUAUGUUCAAUCUGCAAACAAGUACUCAAUCCAACCUGCACACACACAAUCCGCAAAUACGGACUCAAUCCAGACUAAAUCUAACAUUAUACAAAUUGCAUUAACAAAUUCAUUUGAAACAUUUGGAUCUAAUGAAACAAGUGAACCAUGA